UAUGAAGAUGUGGAUGAGUUUGGAAUGCAUGAGAUGACUGACAAGGAAUAUAAGGAGUAUUCUAGGCAGAUAAAGGAAAGUAAGGGCUUUGAUGUCAUGGACUUUCCAAAGUCCUUCGCAUGUGGUAAAAUUAUGCCUAUUAUAAACCUCAAUUAUCAUGCUAACCACCUCAAAUCUCUUUCUGAAUUAGCGCUCAAGGAAUACAAUGAGAAAGAGAAAACAAAGCUAGAGUUUGUGAAACUUGUAAAGGCAAACCUGGAACCAUGUGAGGGCUUUCAAUAUUAUAUCACCUUUGAUGUCAAGGAUGCUGAUGCUGUUGAUGGUCCUAUCCUAACAUUUCAAGCUUUGGUGUGGGAUGGGAUCGACGAGAUUGAAGUAGUGCUUUGUAGGCUGGAAAUUAGUAAUUAAUCAAGGUAAAUAAACUAGUUGGGUAUGAUAAUUUUGAGAGAUAUUACUUUAAAAUGAUUUCAUGUUCGUAGUUCUUUGU